GGUGAAGCUGCCGCCAUGUUGGAUUCAUCACCGAGUUGGAACAUCUCCCACAACACCUUCGUGCUCCGAGGUUUUCCAGAGCUGCAGCGACAGCGCCGCCUGCUGGCGCUGCCCUUCUUUGCCUCGUAUGUGUCCGUGCUGCUGGGAAACUCUGUGCUGGUGCACGUGAUCCGUCGCGUUGAGAGUCUGCACAGCCCCAUGUACCUGCUCAUCUGCACGCUCUGCGUGGUCGACAUCCUGGUGGUGACCGCCAUCAUCCCCAACACGCUGCUCGGCCUCCUGUUUGACUGGAACGAGAUCUCAUUGGCCGGCUGCCUGACUCAGAUGUUCUUCACUCACUUCCUGUCCUCGGUGGAGUCAACGCUGCUGCUGGCGAUGGCGUUGGACCGUUACGUGGCCAUCUGUCACCCGCUGCGCUACGCUGACAUCAUUGACUCCUCUAUGUUCGUGCAGCUGCUGCUCUUCACUCUGGUCCGCAGCGGCUCCAUCAUGGCGACGCUGGUCGGUUUGGCAGGUUCACUGUGGUUCUGCGACUCCAACGUCAUCCGGCACUGCUACUGCGACCACAUGGCGCUGGUGAGUCUGGCGUGCGACAACACGCAGAAAAACAGCACAGUGGGCCUCGUCGUGAUCGUUUGCUUUGCGGGCGUCGACAUUUCGCUCAUCAUCCUCUCCUACAUGAAGAUCCUGAGCGUGGUCUUACGAGCGGCGGCGGCCGGUGAGGACCGCUGGAAGGCGUUUCACACCUGCGGCACUCACCUGAUCGUCAUGAUGUGUUUCUACCUGGUGGGCAGCGUCACCUUCCUUUCUCACAACCUCAACAUCCACGUUCCCACGGAGGUCAACACCUUCAUGGGACUCGUGUACAUUCUGUUCCCUGCCACCGUCAACCCCGUCAUCUACGGCGUUCGGACUAAAGAAAUACGAAAAGGGUUUUUAAGGAUUUUUAAACUCAGAGAAAAGAAACUAACGGAAACUAAAGUUUUUCCUUCAGGACAAAGACACACGUGACGUAAAAUGUUAUCAAUAAAUGUUUUCACUUCUUCACUCAAAGUUUUUUAAA